GCCGCGGCGCCAGGGGGCGCUGGAUCGCGGGGGCUCGAUCCCGGGCGCUCGGACUCUCCCUGCGGCCGGUCCGACAGGGCCCGCUCGCCGCCUCGCCGGGACAUGGCCGCCGCCAUCAGCGCCGGCAUCCUGGGCCGUGGCCGAGGCCACAGGAUCCUUCUGCUGUGCCGCACAUGGAGAACGUUUGCUUCACAGACUGAUGGGGAAGCCAGGGUGAUGCAGGUCCUCAAAGAAAAAUUCCCUCAGGCUUCGGCCAUCAAAGUAGUGGAUAUAUCAGGCGGCUGUGGAGCAAUGUAUGAAAUUCAUAUAGAAUCUGAAGAAUUUAAAGAAAAGAGAAUUGUCCAGCAACAUCAGAUGGUUAAUCAGGCACUAAGUGAAGAAAUUAAAGCAAUGCAUGGACUACGGAUAUUCACAUCUAUUCCAAAGCACUGAAGAUUAACCAGGCAGCAUGGUUAGAAACAUGGGAGGAGAUAGGACAGGAAGCUUGUAUUUUUUGGAUUAUGGACUUGUUUAUCUUUAAAUAAUCAAUAUUUAAUGGUCGUAAAAUAAGGACAGUAUUUCAGAAGCUAUUUAAAGAGAGCCUAUUUCAUGUUUAUUUAAUUUUAACUUGUAGAUUGAUUUCUUAUCCGUUCAUAAAGUAUGCCAAAUCUUAGUUGGUUACUUUAUCAAAAAACUAAUCCCUGUAAGUCAAGGAUGGAACUGGAAUUCCAUGGUUUGUGGCGCAUGCUGCAGAGAGAAGUACGGGCUUCCAAAGUAUCUUUCAGUACUAACAUCUAGUGGAAAAGGACCACAACCGUGGUGAUUCUACGAAGAGAUCACGAACUAAAAAAAACAAAAUAAUAAUCCCUGUUUUUGCUGUCUACUUGACUAAUGUUCUGUUGUAGCUCAGAGGAAAAUGUGGUAGUGAGGAAACUAGCUUACAAAGAAAUUAUUUCAGAGGCUGUAGAGUCCCCUAUUCAAUGUGCCUUCUCAGUCAAUCAUCUUACUUCAAACAUGGCUUUGUAAGAGAAGCUUGCAGGAUAAUCCUGAGCUGUCUGGCACAGCUACUGUAUAUGAAAUUAAGACUGUUUCUUAAUAAAUGAAAGGCUUUAAGUUACAUUA